UGACAGAAGAGACCCCUGGUAGACCAAACCAAACCAUGUCAGGAACUAUAUCUGUAGGAGUCAUCCUAUUAAUUAUUCUACUAGGGAGUGCAUUGUAUCUCUACCAGAAAUACGACACGCCAGAUCCUCUUGAGCCUCCUCUUAUUCAUAGCAAAGUCCCCGUGAUUGGCCAUGUUGUCGCGUUCAUACAUUAUGGAAUCGAAUAUUUUUCGAUGCAGAGUUCAAAAUGCUCUUUGCCAAUCUUCACGUUAAAAAUGCUCAAUAACAAAGUUAGCGUGAUCACAUCCCCCGACUUGGUAUCUGCCGUCAAGCGCAAUCACCGAACGUUAUCUUUCGAUCCAAUUUUCACCAGUGCUGCAGAGCGCCUUGCGGGAGUUCAAGGCUCCGCUCUUGAACUUCUGCGGGAGACAGCGUCUGGCGGCAAAGGACUCGGGAAUGAGGUUGUUCAGGCGAUGCAUCCCUCUCUUCUGGGUGAUGGAUUAGACCAUAUGAAUCGACGGAUGAUCGACGUUCUUAAUGGAAGCAUUGAUGAGCUCGCAUUAUAUCCGAAUCGUCGGAUCGAUCUGGUUGAAUGGUGUCGUAAUGCUAUGACUAUUGCCAGUACGGAUGCUGUCUAUGGUCCACUGAAUCCGUACAAAUCACGUACUAUUCAGGAUGCAUUUUGGGACGUUGAAUCCAACCUUAGCUUAUUAAUGAUAAAUAUAGCUGGUUGGAUCACUGCACGGAAGGCCCGGAAAGGGAGAGAGUUGCUCGUUAAAUCCUUCAUUCGGUACUAUCAAGAACACGGACAUGACGAUGCUUCUCCACUAGCAUAUGCCCGAUUCAAGACACAACAUGACCGUGGAGCGACUUUGGAAAAUAUUGCUCGGCUCGAGUCCGUAAUGGGGCUCGGGAUACUCUCAAACACAGUCCCGACUGGAUUUUGGACAAUCUUUGAUAUCUAUUCUCGUCCAGCACUGCUGGAGGCUAUCAGAGACGAGAUUCGUCAGGGAGCCCUCUCGGUUGAUUCUACUGGACAACACGUACUAGACCUAGCCGAUAUUCGGAAUAACUGCCCUCUACUACUUUCAUCCUUCCAGGAGACCCUUCGACUCAGGUCCAAUUCCGGACAAGUCCGCGUAGUAUAUGAAGAUACAACUCUGGACGAUCGCUUGUUACUGAAAAAGGGUUCAAUCAUUGCGGUCCCAGCCGCGACAAUCAACCGGAACAAACCAGCAUGGGGCUCUAACGUCGAGGAAUUCGAUCCCUGGAGAUUUACGAAACUGGGCGAGUCGGCGGAUAAGAGACAGAAAGCAUCUGCGUUCCUUUCAUUUGGAAUAUCUCCCAGUAUUUGCCCGGGUCGGCACUUCGCCACGGGAGAAAUCUUGGCUCUAGUAGCAAUGCUUAUCUUGCGGUUUGAUAUCAGCCCCGUGACAGGUCCAUGGAAGGAACCGAAGACGAAUACGAAAGCAGUGGCGGCAUCGUUGAGUCCCCCGGUUGAAUCUGUGGAUGUGACUUUUUCAGAAAGAGAAGAAUUCAAAGGACAGAAAUGGAUAUUUAGAGUGACGCCUGGAAAAGGACGGUUUGGGUUGAUAAUCGGUUAAAUGCAUGAUAGACCGUAUAUAUUGAUAGCAGAUGUUUAAUUAUAUACGUCACGAUAGACUCGGAUAUAUCAUAUCCAUAACA